AUGUCAUAUUUAGUAUUUCAGAAGAUGUAGAAAACAACUUUGGAUAUACGAAAAAAAAUAUCGAAAGUUUAUGUUUUCUAACGACUAUUGGAAUUCCAAUGUUCUUUCUGGAGAUUGUUUAAAGCUAAGAUGAAGGAGUACGGUGAGGUGAUUUUCGUGGAUCAGCUAAAACACCACCGAGUCGUGGCCAGUCAGAUCGAUAAGACUCGCCUCGCUUGGCAGAGAAAUAGCUCCUGGUUUUCGGCUGCCCAAAGGGAGCAUUACUCCCAAUACGCAACAAUAUACGACGAGAGCAGAAGAAAAUACGGUGACAAAAUAUAUGGAUACUACGCCAGAAGGAACCGUCUGCGCCCCCAGUUCAAGUGCGAAACCAGGUCUCUAAUGGGUCGCGAAGACAGGGAGAGACAUAUUUCGAUGGCGCACCUUAAAGGCUACAAGUAUUCAGAAACCACCAAUGGCGAAUAUGGCAGUGUGCCGCCAUCAGCAUUAUUUUUCUGUUUCUAAAUUACUUACCAGUUACGAUUUAGUUAUUCUAUUCAAAAACCAAAGGUGCCAAAAAUGUCAAAAAACUACAAAUUAUGGUUUACUUAUAUUUUUCAGUAUGAAAAUAAAUAUAUGUUUUUUUGGUUGAGCAGA